AUGUUUGGUGUGUUGGUGAUCGGAGCGCCGGGAGCGGGAAAAUCGACUCUAUGCGCGGGUUUGUCCGACGCGUUCACGCAACUCAAGAGGAACCAUUUGAUGAUCAAUCUCGACCCGGCCAACGACAUCACUCCAUACGAAUGUCAUUGUGACGUCAGAGAGUUGAUCACCGUCGAAGAAGUGAUGGACAGACUACAACUUGGGCCUAAUGGAGCGUUAAGAUACUCGAUAUCGACGUUAGCAAGAAACAAAGAAUGGUUACUGAACAAAUUCAUCGAAAACAAAGACAAAUACGCGAUCAUCGACUGCCCAGGACAACUCGAGAUCUAUAAAAGUGACGGGGAAUUUUGUGAGUUAGUUCGCUUUCUACAAAAAUCCGGUGUCCGUCUGUGUGCCGUUCAUUUAUCGGAUUCAAUGUUUUGCUCGGACGCGCCAAAAUUCAUCUCGGUUGUGAUGAGCACACUAUCGGUGAUGGUACAACUUGAAAUGCCACAGAUCAAUGUUCUCUCAAAAGUCGAUCUUCUUACCACCGACAUCCCAUUCGAUCUCGAAUUUUUCACCCAACUCCCCGACAUUUCCCGACUACUCGAAAUGCUAAAUGAUGUGCCAGAAUUGGAAAAGUAUCGAAGUCUUAAUGAAGCGAUUUGUCAAGUUAUUGGUGACUACGAUUUGGUUUCCUUUGUUCCAUUGAACGUGGAAAGCAAAGAGGAUAUGGCAAAGGUGAUUGUAAUGAUGGACAAAGCAAACGGUUUUGCUUUUUGUGAUCGAGGAGACAUACGUGAGAUGGUCAUCGAACCGGUUGUUGAUCAAAAA